AUUGUUUGGUUCAAAAUGAGGCCUGUUGGCUUAAAAGGUGUCAAGGUUUUUGCUCCUAAGAGCUCUGUGCGCCUGAAAGGUCAGCCAUGUUCGAUAGGCCAGAGUAGAAGGAAAGUCAAGCUUAUGGAUGAACGGCCAUACACUCUUACAAUUGGCAAUGGAGACUACUUUUGGACAAAUAAGGACACAUUAUGGAAUUAUGUGCGGACUCUUUCUGAUCAGGGAGCAGAGAAACAUGAAGGGACAAGUCAGUCCUCUGGGAUCACUGAUCAAGAGAAGGAGUUGUCCACCAGUGCUUUCCAAGCUUUCACGGCUGGAAAUUAUGAUGCCUGUCUGCAGCACCUUGCUUGCUUGCAAGAAGUAAACAAAGAUGAUUAUAAAAUAAUUUUGAAUACAGCAGUGGCUGAGUUUUUUAAAAAUAACCAAACGACAACAGAUAGUUUAAGACAAACACUUAACCAGCUGAAGAAUCAGGUCCACUCGGCUGUUGAAGAAAUGGAUGGAUUAGAUGAUGUAGAGAACAGCAUGUUGUAUUACAAUCAGGCAGUCAUUCUUUAUCAUCUGCGGCAGUACACAGAAGCAAUAGCAGUUGGUGAAAAACUUUACCAGUUCAUAGAACCUUUUGAAGAAAAAUUUGCCCAAGCAGUGUGUUUUUUGCUUAUAGACCUAUAUAUAUUAACCUAUCAAGCUGAGAAAGCUUUGCAUCUUCUUGCUGUCCUAGAAAAAAUGAUUUCACAGGGCAACAAUAACAAAAAUGGGAAGAAUGAGACUGGUAAUAACACCAACAAAGACGGAUCAAAUCAUAAAGCUGAAAGUGGAGCCCUAAUAGAAGCUGCAAAAUCAAAGAUACAUCAGUAUAAAGUAAGAGCUUAUAUCCAAAUGAAGUCCCUGAAAGCAUGCAAAAGGGAAAUCAAGUCAGUCAUGAACACAGCUGGAAAUUCCGCACCCUCUCUGUUUCUUAAAAGCAAUUUUGAGUACUUAAGAGGCAAUUAUCGAAAAGCUGUGAAGCUAUUAAAUAGUUCAAACAUUGCUGAACAUCCAGGAUUCAUGAAAACAGGUGAAUGCUUGAGAUGCAUGUUCUGGAAUAAUCUUGGUUGCAUCCAUUUUGCCAUGAGCAAGCACAAUUUGGGAAUUUUCUACUUUAAAAAGGCUCUACAGGAGAAUGACAAUGUUUGUGCACAGCUCAGUGCAGGCAGCACUGAUCCAGGUGAGCCCAUUGCUGGGGGACAGUUCGUAUUUUACUACUUGAGAGCUUUAUACCUGCAUAUGAGAGUCUGCCUGACUUUAUAUGACUACCUGGGAAUCCACCUGCAGGUAACUCAGAGACUUUGGGUGAAAGGGAAGAUAAAAGCAGUUGACAUCAUCAAGUUCCCAUAUUGUAUCUUACAGACUGCUGAACAAGAAACUAAAGGCCUUCCGAGUAAGAAAGGAAUUGUACAGUCUAUUGUUGGUCAAGGCUAUCAUCGUAAAAUAGUUCUGGCAUCACAGUCCAUACAGAAUACUGUAUAUAAUGAUGGACAGUCUUCAGCCAUUCCUGUAGCCAGUAUGGAGUUUGCAGCCAUUUGUCUUAGAAAUGCCUUGUUGCUGUUGCCUGAAGAACAGCAAGAUCCGAAGCAGGAAAAUGGGUCUAAAAAUAGUAAUCAAUUAGGUGGGAACACGGAGAGCAGUGAAAGCAGUGAAACUUGCAGCAGUAAAAGCCAUGAUGGAGAUAAGUUCAUUCCAGCUCCACCUUCUUCUCCAUUGAGAAAACAGGAAUUAGAAAACUUAAAAUGCUCCAUACUUGCCUGUAGUGCUUACGUGGCUCUGGCUUUGGGUGAUAACCUUAUGGCUCUGAAUCACGCUGAUAAACUUCUCCAGCAGCCCAAGCUGUCGGGAUCGCUAAAGUUUUUGGGCCAUUUAUAUGCUGCAGAAGCCCUCAUCUCUCUGGACAGAAUAUCUGAUGCCAUUACUCACUUGAACCCAGAGAAUGUCACUGAUGUUUCCUUAGGAAUCUCUUCAAAUGAGCAGGACCAAGGAUCAGACAAAGGUGAAAAUGAAGCAAUGGAAUCCUCUGGGAAGCGGGCCCCUCAGUGCUACCCCAGUUCGGUCACCUCUGCCAGGACCGUGAUGCUGUUUAAUCUUGGCAGCGCCUACUGCCUGAGGAGCGAAUACGACAAAGCCCGAAAGUGUCUCCACCAGGCGGCUUCGAUGAUCCACCCUAAAGAGGUGCCCCCUGAAGCCAUCUUACUGGCAGUCUACCUUGAACUGCAAAACGGUAAUACCCAGCUGGCCUUACAGAUCAUCAAAAGGAAUCAGCUGCUCCCCGCAGUGAAAACACUGUCUGAGAUGAGAAAGAAGCCAGUGUUCCAGCCUGUCCACCCGAUCCAGCCCAUCCAAAUGCCGGCUUUCACUGCACAGAGAAAGUGACAUAUUUGCUCUCGGAAAACUGUUACUUGAGACCCAGGGGAGUAUUUACGGGCCUUUUCAUUUGUAUUGCAGCAAAAUGAAUAAAAGAUGGUGAAAGGUGCUAGUUUUGAAGACACAAUUUUGAAAUGAUUCUAACCCCUGGCUUUUUGGGUUUUUUGUUUGUUUGUUUUUGUUUUUGCCAGAAGCUUACUUAAAAUUAAGGAUUCACAAACUCAUUUUCAUCUGUUUUUCUUUAAUCUUACAUUUUGAGCCAUUAUGUGAUGUAUCCAUGUCAUCGACAAUUAAAAAAUCGUCUUAUCAGAACA